GACCGCCGCGGCAGAGGGCACGAUCACAGUGUCUCAGCGGACCGGCACCUGACGGCGGUCCAGGCGGCCUCGGGGUGGCCGGGAGCUGCCGACCGGGGCUGCAGCGGCUCCGAGCACCUGCCGCCGCCGCUCAGUCCGAGCUGCCGCCGACCGGGGGCUGCAGCGGCUCCGAGCACCCGCCGACCGGGGGCUGCAGCGGCUCCGAGCACCCGCCGCCGCCGGUCAGUCCGAGCUGCCGCCGAGCUGUAAACAGCUGGGGACAAGAAGCCGAACGCCGCAGCUGUCGCCGCGACUGAAGCUGUCGCAGCGGCUGUCCAGUGGCUGUAGCUGUCGGCGCGGCUGUCCAGUGGGCUGUAGCUGUCGCAGCGGCUGUCCAGUGGGCUGAAGCUGUUGGCGCGGCUGUCCAGUGGGCUGUAGCUGUCGCAGCGGCUGUCCAGUGGGCUGUAGCUGUUGGCGCGGCGGCUGUCCAGUGGGCUGUAGCUGUCGGCGCGGCUGUCCAGUGGGCUGUAGCUGUCGCAGCGGCUGUCCAGUGGGCUGUAGCUGUCGGCGCGGCUGUCCAGUGGGCUGUAGCUGUCGCAGCGGCUCUCCAGUGGGCUGUAGCUGUUGGCGCGGCUGUCCAGUGGGCUGUAGCUGUCGCAGCGGCUGUCCAUUGGGCUGUAGCUGUCGGCGCGGCUGUCCAGUGGGCUGUAGCUGUCGCAGCGGCUGUCCAGUGGGCUGCAGCUGUUGGCGCGGCUGUCCAGUGGGCUGUAGCUGUUGGCGCGGCUGUCCAGUGGGCUGUAGCUGUCGGCGCGGCUGUCCAGUGGGCUGUAGCUGUCGCAGCGGCUGUCCAGUGGGCUGCAGCUGUUGGCGCUAGCGGUAGCUGUCCCGCGGGCUGACUCCGCAGAGCGUCAGCCUCCGUCUUACGUGAGCACCAUUUCUGGUGUCUGCGGCGCGACCGACGAUGGGAAACAAGAAGUCACGCGCGACAGGGAGCUCCAAACAGGCCCGUGGCCAGGAACUUCGGACAUCUGAUCCCUAUCGGACAGAAAUUGCCAUGGUGGCGACGGAAGCUCUGGUAAAGACAUUUAAAGACAGCAAGAAUGAAAGGGUUGAUGACCAAUCGCCUGCACCCGAAAAUACUGACAUACUUAAGCAGGAACGUGAAAGAGAUGAACAGCUUGAGGAUUACCGCUACAAGCUGAAACUUAAAGAAGAGCAAAUAGCUGCACUUCAGAGACAAAUGUUACUAGAACAGCAACAAAAGAAAGAAAUGUUUGAAAUGCAGCCAGAACAAAAUGAAGAGACGAGAUCAAAAGGAGCCGAAAUGCGAGGGCGGCAAUGUGAGGAGGAACAAAGCAAUUAUGAUCAGGAAGCUCCUCAACCACGGCCAGAAAAAGCGAUGCAGAUGCAGGGAACAGCAGGUGAACAUUUGAAGCCCAGCGUCGGCGAGAAACGGCGGCGAAUGGUAUAUGAAGCCCCGGGGAACCGGCCAGAAGAUGAACAGCAGGGAGACCGAGGCAUUAAAGACGGGGAAGUGCUAGAGCUGGAAGACGAAUCAAAGAGAAGCGAAAUUGCAGGAAGAAGCUCUAACGUGCAAGAAAACGCGGCUCAAACAUUUCAAUCCAAUCAAUGUCGAGUUGGAACUAAAAAUGGCAAAAGCCAGUCUACAGACGGAAAAGAAAAUGACAAAAUAAAACCAAAACAGGGUGUAAAUGAUGUUGAAGUUCGGGCCGGACAAGAACAGCAUAAGCGAGACGAAGAAGUUCGCAAACGCAGAGAACAGCAGCUCAGUGCUAUAAGAGAGCAGGAGAGACAGUUUCAAGCGCAAAAGCGAAAAGCUGCUUUAGUUGAAGAAAAACAAUUAUUAGUUGAAAAGCAGCGCAAUGCAAAACUGAACGCUCGACUCAUGCGACAGAGCUUAAAUCAGCGAUUGAAGGAGAACCAACAGAAAACUGAGCGCCUCAAGGAGCAUCGAAAGGACUUCUUUGACGUCGCAACUCGCGUGCUCAAGUCGAAUUCAGCGGUGGAGGCCGAGUUCACGCGACGCUACCUGUUGGAGAGGCUGAAGGAUUUGAGCGAGCUGGCGAGACGGCGAGAUCAGAGCGCUGAUGAGGAGCUGUUAGCGGGAAGCACCCUCCCAAACGUCUGCAACAACUACAGCUCUGCCGCAGGCUGCAUGGACACAGGGUGCCAAAGCUUACACAUCUGUCGACGCUUCUGGGAGGGUACUUGCAGCAACGGACUGGACUGUCGCUACAGUCACUCCGUAACAACAGUGCACAACCAGACUAAUGAGAGUCGGAGAGUCACUCCCAGCUCCCGUGAGAACGGCGCCAUUCCACGCGCACCAGUGUCGGGAGCAGCAGCUGCUGCUGUGUCGGGAGCUGCCGCUGCGUCAGUGUCGGGAGCUGCUGCUGCGUCAGUGUCGGGAGCUGCUGCUGCUGUGUCGGGAGCUGCCGCUGCGUCAGUGUCGGGAGCUGCUGCUGCGUCAGUGUCGGGAGCUGCUGCUGCGUCAGUGUCGGGAGCUGCCGCUGCGUCAGUGUCGGGAGCUGCCGCUGCGUCAGUGUCGGGAGCUGCCGCUGCACCAGUGUCGGGAGCUGCCGCUGCGCUCAGGCCGCCCUCCUCCGACGGCGGCGGUCUGUCGGAGGAGCUGCGCUGCCCCGUCUGUCUGGAGCUGUUCCGCAGGGCCACCACCCUCGGCUGUGGCCACACCUUCUGCGCCGGCUGCCUGGCCGAGACCCGGGACCGGGGCGACGACCGGUGCCCGCUCUGCCGGGUCACUAUCACCUCCGCCAUCCGGUCCGUCACCCUGAACAGCAUCGUCAGGAGCGUUAUCACUGCGGCAGCCGCAGAGGGGCGCUGGUGACCGACUUCAGAUGCCGCCACCGCCCAGUGCACCUCGGCUGUGCCGUGAGCUAGAUUUGUGGCCAACAGCUGAUCGACGCGUGGCCAACAGCUCGUGAUUUGACGCGCGUCUAUUAAACGGCGCAAUGAACGAACGGUGUUGUCAGUGGCAUUCAUUACCAUUUAUAUUAUUUUUAUAAUUUAGUCCGAACCCUUUGAAUGGAAUGAUUCGCAAGGACUGAGCCCCCUAAGCGAAGCUUGUCGCGUUGACCCCCUGCCCUCCACCCUCCGAUCGCGCAAUUCCGGUUCUAUGGUAGAAUUUGGAGUCCAAAGUUUAACGUGCGCAGUGCGCACAUAGCCGCGCACGCACAGUGAUGCAAAUGGGGUUCACGAAUGGCCAUAAAUACCGAAAAGGUUCAAAAAUUCAAGUUCACCUAAUGAAAUAAAUCGUAAUAUGGCCAGUCAGGCAAAUGUUUAGGGUGUCUGAAAAACAUGAUUUUCAUGUUAUUGUCAAAGUGGGGAUGAUGAUGGGGAUGGGGCUUGGAGUGGGGAUGAGCCAAUGUGAUGAACCAGCCUAUUGUGAUGAACCAAUGUUUGACGUGCAACACCGAAAAGCCACGUUUCACUGUGGAUGUGUUGUAAAUAUAUCUAUCUAUCUAGCUAUCUAUCUAAAGCCGGCCUCGUGUAUGAUUGUCAGAAGUUGUGACAUCUUCAAUGUCAUAAAAUGACUUCAGAUACUCGCAAGUUCAAACGCCGCUAGCGUGCGGUCAUUUCAUACAAAUGGCAUAAAAUUAUACAUGGCAAUGUAUAAUUAUACGAUUAUAUUAUUUAUUAAUAUAAAUUAUACGACACCCGGCCGCGCCGGACAAAAACUUCAAUAGCGCCCUGAUCUUCAAUAGCGCCCAAUAGCUUCAAGAACCGCCCUGUGCUAGCGCCUUAAUUCUUUCACGGUGCGGCUCAGAAAUGAUUGGGGAAGGCUAAGGCAUAGCGGACUAACGGGCACACACUGUGUGGCCGGCUUUGACAAAAACAUGAAAGCUAUGUGAUUUCAGAUGCCCUAAACAUUUCUUUGGUUGGCCAUAUCGCGAUUUACUCUGAUUGGUGAACUUGACUUUUUGGUAUUUAUGGCCACUCGUGAACCCCAUUGUUCCAUGCUUCUAUCCUCAGGAUACUGAAAUCCUUCUCCUCCACACCGCCACCCCCUUCCGGGCUGGACAGGCAACUUUAUCUCAUGCGGGCUGCUCCCUUGGAGCGGCACCGCUGCUCCCGAGGGAGCACACCCCGUAGCCGGGUGCAGUGAGUGCCUUGGGGCUGGGUGGCCUGUCUUCGGACGGGCUCAGCACCGGCGACUCACUAGGGUGCCUGCCCAGACCAAUGUCUCCCCCUAAUUCCUAUCAUCCUUCCGGCUCUGCAAUGGUCUUGUCGACCGAAAGGGCCUAACCCAACAAAAUUUAAUUCGUGAACCCCAUUUGCAUCACUGUGGCACGGCCGGUCCCCUCACUGAAUUCGUCUGGCUACGGCCUGCCACCAACCGCGACCAUAUCUAUUAGGAGGCCUAUAAACGUCAGAGCCAGUCGCGCUUCAAACCCGGACUAUUGUAACCGGGAACGCGUGCUCUCAGCACGCGGAGUCCAACGCUCUACCGACUGAGCUACGGCACCGGUCAAAGCAUUAUUAUCAUUUGUAUUCAUUUGCUAAUUGCUAUCCGUUUAUUUUCUCAUUUCUGAUAUCGACUGUUCUCUUUCAGAAUUACGUACAAUGAAAAUACACAUAUAUAAACUGACUGUC